AGCUUUAGUUCUGCCAGUACUGAAGGGCAGUGCCACCUGGGGUGGGAUAUGGUACCUGCUCAGCCGAGGGGGGUUGUUUGAUUCACUAAGACUUGAUGCACUUGAUGCAAUAAAUAAGGAUGGUUGGGAGUAAACGAGCUCCAAGAAUUCCACAGGCAGGAUGAACUUGUGCAAGUCUAAGGACCAAGACAUCGAAAGUCGAGGGAUUAAGUUGCCCAAACAAGUACAGAAGCAUGCGGUGGUGCCGACCAACCGAACCAUGUCGAUGGCAGAACCAGAGAAGAGACGGAGGCAGAGGUACGUAGAGAAAGAUGGGAAGUGUAACGUUCACCAUGGAAACGUCCGAGAAACCUACCGCUAUUUGACAGACAUAUUCACCACCUUGGUGGACCUCAAGUGGAGAUUUAAUCUUCUGGUCUUUACCAUGGUCUACACCAUCACCUGGAUUUUCUUUGGAUUCCUUUGGUGGCUCAUUGCCUACAUCCGUGGAGACCUUGACCACAUUGAGGAUGCCUCAUGGACGCCAUGUGUGGAUAAAUUGAACGGUUUUGUAUCUGCCUUUCUUUUCUCCAUAGAGACAGAAACCACCAUAGGUUAUGGAUACAGGGUCAUAACAGACAAGUGCCCAGAGGGAAUCAUUCUUUUGCUGGUCCAAGCCAUCCUUGGCUCUAUAGUCAAUGCCUUUAUGGUGGGUUGCAUGUUUGUAAAGAUCUCCCAGCCAAAGAAACGAGCAGAGACCCUCAUGUUCUCCAAUAUGGCUGUCAUAUCCGUGAGAGACGGGAAGCUAUGCUUGAUGUUUAGGGUGGGGGACCUCAGAAACUCACACAUUGUGGAGGCGUCAAUCAGAGCCAAGCUGAUCAAGUCCAAACAAACUAAAGAGGGAGAGUUUAUACCUCUCAACCAGACAGACCUAAAUGUGGGUUUUGACACUGGAGACGACCGUCUGUUCCUGGUUUCUCCUCUUAUUAUCUGUCAUGAGUUUAACGAGCAGAGUCCAUUCUGGGAGAUUUCUAAAGAACAGAUGGGAAAGGAAGAGUUUGAGAUUGUGGUCAUUCUGGAAGGGAUGGUGGAAGCUACAGGUAUGACGUGCCAAGCUCGCAGCUCCUACGUGGAGCAUGAGGUGCUCUGGGGUCACCGCUUCAUGCCGGUCCUUACCUUAGAAGAAGGCUUCUACGAAGUGGAUUACGACACUUUCCAUAACACAGAUGAGACGCCAACCCCUACCUCCAGCGCCAAAGAGCUGGCGGAGCUGAACGAGAAGGGUGAGGUCCUCACCUCCACCACCAGCAGAGGCAACCAGACCUCCAGCAGUGACUCACAGGAAAGGUCGGAGGCCGAGAAUGUUCCGGUCAUCUCCAACGGGGACGUUGGUAAAAUAAAGAUGGACGGUUGUGAGUGA